CCAACCGCAGGCCAGAGAGAUACAGAGGGAGUGGCCCGAUCAGUUGUCUGUUGGGGAUUGUGUCACAAGUAGAUGCAGUCUGGAUAUUUCCCUCUCUCACACACACACAGUCCUAGACACUCCCACACACACCUAGCUAUGGCUUUGGACUUUCGAGAGCAGGCUCUUGCAGGGCGCUGCUAGCCCAGGCUAGGGAUGGAACUACCCUUUGAUAACUCCGAGGAGAGCCUGGAGUAUGUCUGCUCACCUGGAUCCUGUCACAGUGCGGAGGAGGGGGAGGGGGAGGAUGAAGAGCAACUUAUUUUGCGUGAAGUUCUAUGUGCAGAAAGAGUGGGCCAGAUGACGAAGACAUACAAUGACAUAGACGCCGUCACUCGUUUGCUGGAAGAGAAAGAGCGUGAUCUGGAGCUAGCGGCCCGCAUCGGCCAAUCACUUCUCAAGAAAAACAAAACUCUCACUGAGAGAAAUGAGUUACUGGAGGAGCAAGUGGAGCACAUUCGGGAGGAGGUGUCUCAGCUUCGCCAUGACUUGUCUAUGAAGGAUGAGCUGCUUCAGUUCUACACCAGCGCAGCAGAGGAGAGCGAAGGAGAGUCAUCCACCUCUACUCCCAUUCGCCACCAUGAUGCCACCUUGUCUGUUCCAAACUUCUUCCCCUUGGACUCGCUGCAGAAGAAACUCAAAGACCUUGAGGAGGAGAACAUUGUGCUACGUACUGAGGCAAACCACCUGGAGACAGAGACCAUCUCGUACGAGGAGAAAGAGCAACAGCUGGUCAACGACUGUGUCAAAGAGCUGAAGGACGCCAACCUGCAGAUGUCGUCGAUGGCAGAGGAGCUGGCCAAGAAGACGGACGACGCGUCUCGCCAGCAGGAGGAGAUCACGCACCUGCUCUCCCAGAUCGUAGACCUGCAGAAGAAGGCCAAGUCGUAUGCAGUGGAGAAUGAAGAACUCACACAGCACCUAGGAGCUGCCAAGGAUGCCCAACGUCAGCUCACUGCUGAGCUGCGAGAGCUGGAGGACAAGUACGCCGAGUGCAUGGAGAUGCUCCACGAGGCCCAGGAGGAGCUGAAGAACCUGCGGAACAAGACGCUGCCCCUCAGCACGCCGCGACGCUUCCACUCCCUUGGGCUGUUCCCCAUGGACUCUCUGGCAGCUGAGAUCGAGGGGACUAUGAGGAAGGAGCUACAGAUGGAUGACCCGGAAGUAGAGGAGCAAAAGCUCCAACCCAAGCGUGUGUUCGAGACGGUGAAAAACAUCAACCAGAUACGCCAGCGUUCCCAGGGCCCCUCCCCCAUGAACAUCCCGGGAUCCAAUCAGACGUCGGGUCUGCCGUCGGGUCGCUCCAGCAGCGUGGGCACGCCGCGCUCCAGCGUGUACGGAGGAGAGAGCGGAGGUGGCGUCAUCAUCGACAACCGCACCAACAGCAUCAUACUGGAGUCACCCGACAACGGGUCCGAGGACUCCAAUAAGAAGCCAGGCACCCCGGGGACCCCCGGCAGCCAUGACCUCGAAGCUGCCCUGCGGCGCCUGUCGCUGCGCAGGGACAACUACAUAAGCGAGCGUCGCUUCUUCGAGGAGGAGCGAGAGAGGAAGCUGGCGGAGCUGGCGGGCAAGGGCGAGCUGUUCAGCGGCUCCAUGACCCCCACGGAGAGCAUCAUGUCGCUGGGCUCGCACCCCUCCCUGGGCAGCGGCUGGUCGGGCUACUCCUUCGGCGCCCGCUCCUACCUGCCCGAGAAGCUCCAGAUCGUCAAGCCCCUGGAAGGCUCUGUCACCCUCCACCAGUGGCAGCAGCUGGCUCAACCCCACCUGGGAGGCCUCCUGGACCCCAGGCCGGGCGUGGUGACCAAGGGGUUCCGGCAGCUGGAGGCAGACCAGGAGGAGGUGUACCAGUUCACCGACCUGGAGGAGGACGAAGGCUCAGCCGACCUCCCCCGCCAGCCACCGGGCGACCUAUCUACCUCAGCAGGGGGCGUGUUCAGCCACCUGGGCCACGCCCGCUCGCUCAGCUCCUCCUCCUCCUCGUCCUUCUGCGUCAUCAACAACAACAGCAGCAACAGCGGGGACGACACUGCCCCCCAGGCUGAAGCCGAUGUCAUCGGCAGAUUCGGGGAUAGAGCAAGCCCAGACAGCCCCCCUCCCUCACCCUCCAUCUCACCCCCCCUUCCUGGGGCCAGCGAGCAUGUGGACCCACAGUCGGAGCCCCAGGACCAGGCCGGUGCCGCAGACGGGGUGUCUGUGCACUUCCCUGGUAAAUGCAUGUCCCACACCAGCUCCACCUACACCUACACCACCUGCCGGAUCCUCCACCCGUCUGACGAGCUCACCAGAGUCACCCCGAGUCUGCUGUCGAGUCAUGGGUUUUCCUGCGUAGUGAGCAGCAGCAGCAGCAGCAUCCGCUCGACCCCCGCCUCUACCCCCUGCACCCCCCGACGACUCAGCCUGGCGCAGUCAUUCACCAACCAGAGAGACUCCACCACGACCACCAGCACCUCCCUGGGCCUGGUGCAUCAGCUGCAGGAGCGGGGGAUCUCCGCAGCCAUGUACGACCCCCUGAGCUGGGACCGAGCCACUGGCGCCCCCACCCCCACCGGGGUGCCCCCCGCCCCCCACCUGCCACUGCUCCACCGCCCGGACACCCUCCCCUCCACUCCGCCCAACUCCCCCACCCAAGCCAAACCGGGCUCACCGCCGUCACCCUUCCAGUUCAGCCCGCCUGAGUCCCUGUACGACAACUUCCUGGCGUCCAAGCCGGCCAGCUCCAUCCUGAGGGAGGUGCGGGGGGCAGAGGGGCGGGACGAGGAGGAUGCGGCCGAGGGCAGCGUGCAGAACCUGCGUCUGGUGGACAAGCUGAAGCGUUUCAGGACCGUUUCCCCCGGGGGCCCAGCAGGGGGGGUGCUGGGGGGGCUGCACCGGACCGGACCGCCCUUCAGACCAGGGGGGGUCACCAGCCCCAUAGGAGGCCUACCUGUCCUGAACGCUGGCAUGCGAAGGAACCGUAGCUAUCCUGUCAUGGUGGGGGCCAGCAUGGCUAUGAAGGGGCCAGGGCCCCCCAGCCCUGAAAUACUGAUCACCUCCGCCCACCAACUCCACAAACAGACCAGUCUCAACGAUGACUGAUACCUUUUUCUCACCCAGAACACUCUAAUCGACAAUGUACACUAACUAAUGGAUGACUUAUUUAACCCAGACAGCCAGGCUAGGCUAAUCAAUGGCAAAUCCCAUACUUGGGAACCAAUUUAGAACUAGUCUCAGUGAUGAGUGAAUGUUGCCUUGUCUCCCCUCUCUGAUUCAAGUUGUACAUAACUGUUACUAUCCCUGUGACAAAUCGACUUUGUGCCUGAGGGACGAUGGCCCUUUCUAACUGUGGGUUUUGUAUUGGUGCUUGACCUUUUUCCUCUGUGUGUGUCUCAUUCUGCCAUUUUCUUUAUGAAUGGUACCCUAAUGUAUUGUUUUCUGCCCUGUUCAUGGUAGACUGAAGGAAUUGUAUGUAGCACAUGGUAGACGUUGUCCAGUGAGAGGACUGUGAGGAACCUAGCCCAGGUAAAUGCCUAUAAAAGCACUUUUGUUUCCCAAGCCUAAACAUGUGGAUAUGAAUCUACUCCUCUAACAUGGAAAUGGUGCAUCUCCUCAGGCCUUCUCCUAUUGGCCCCACAGCACUGUGUCCUCUCCCCUUAACCAAUGAGGGGCAAGCAUAAAACAUUUGGUCCAGUUAGAACCAAAAAGUGAUAUUAUAUUAGCAGUGGGGGUUUGACAGGUGCUGAAGUCACUUCCUCUUUGACCUGUCACUCAACCCAAGCUCUUUCCAAAUAAGGAGAGGGGAGGGGUCGCACUGAAGCUGUGAGGGUCGCAUGAAUGUUUGCAGUGUAAGUUUAUAAUAUGGUUUGAACUUGAAGACAGCAAAACUUCUAGUUUUAUUUAAUUGUAACCGACCAACAUAGCUGACAUGCAUAUUAGUGUGCAGUGCGAGUAUGCAAACAUGUGAUAAAAGUUUGUUCAGGUUUGCCCGCUAAAUACUAGUGUGACAAAAAAGACUCAAAUUACAGAUAAUCAAAGGUAAACAUGUGAGAGAACAUUUAAAAGUUAAGUUCAAAGGUCAACUGUUUAGUUGACCAAAGCCUGUCUGAAAUGAAGUGCACUCUAAGAAGACAGUGUCAAACAUUUCUAAUGUGCAUGCCGUAGGAUUACAGUUUGAGUUUCAUAUUCAAAUGUAUCAUGAACUAUCGACUGAACUGUUAGCUUUAAAAACUGUACUGUACUUUCGUGAGGUGAAGAGAUUGAGGCAGAAGUGUCCUAGUGCCUAAUGACAUCUUCCCCCGGUCUCAACCUUGUCUGACUGACUGACUGACUUGUCUGCCAUGUUCCCCAUCUCUGACAGUGUCCAACCCUGUUGGCUGUUUCAAACAAAAACAAAGUUAGCCAGCCAAAUAAAUAUAUGAGAAAUGAAUUAUUGAUGGCAUAGUUAUCAAGAAUGACAAGCUGUUUGUGGCUGGGUCUUGAAGUCUAUUUUCUUGGAGAAUUGUUUGGCUGGCUAAGCGGGUGAUCCAAUGAUUUGGCACCCCCCCUCACCACCUUAAAUGUGGUGUUAGCAGUUAAACAAGUAUAUUUUGUUGAUGGGAGGGGGGUCCUUCAAUGGGGUUUUUAACUUUUAACUUUCAGUUUAACAAGCAGAGAGAUAUUCUAUUUUAGGAUUCUAUUUUGCAAGAAGCACAUAAACUCAAGUGUGUCUGUUUGAAUGAGACUAGCUUAUUUAUCUAUUACUUUGAGUCUUGAUGCAAGUAGAGAGAGGAGUAUUCACUGACAUUGUGUGUGAACUUAUUGUGUGUAACUUGAAUAUCUUUUGAAUGUAUUGUUCGAUUACAGGUAUAUCUCCAUAUUAUGUGUAUAUUGUAAAUGGUAAGUAUGCAAGGCAUUUAAAGUCAUGUUAACUUUUAUAAAAGGGUGGAAAGUAAAAGGAACAAAAAUGUCAAUCAAUGAAUCAGUCAGGACACUGGGGAGAAGAGCUGUGCUUUGUGUUCGUUGAGCUUCAAGAGUUCCUCUCUGCAGAAAAGGGAUUACAAAUAUAAAUCAAUAAAAUGAUUGUCAUAGC